CUUUGCCUUGGGCAGCUCAAGAACAGGGCUAGGGGGGUCCAAGCACCCCGGAAAUGCCUUCCCCCUUCUCCCCUCACCCCACAAGGGCUGGCCUUUGGGUCCCCAAAUGAGAGGUGAGGGGGAGGACAGCUCCUCAGCCUUGCUUGGGGGGCAGAUAUAAAGGUUGCUUCUCUGCACUGGGGGGGGGAGCCUAGAAGAAGAAGAAGCCAGGAUGGCAUCUAAAGGUGGUUUGAUGCUCGCCCUCCUCUGCUGGGCAGCAGGCAAAGCAGCUGCUUAUCCACCUCGGGAGUUCUCCUGGCACGACACAGCGAGGAGAGGAGCCAGGGCAGACCCUCAGCCGUGGGCUCCGUGGCUGGAGGACCCUCACUCCCGAGCCAUCUCCGCUGGCCAGCCGGUGGCGGUGCAGUGCCAAGAGGCUCAGCUGGUGGUGACGGUGCACAGGGACCUCUUCGGGACCGGGCGCUUGGUGAACGCCGCCGACCUGACGCUGGGACCGGCGGGGUGCAAGCAUUCCUCGCUCGACCCUGCCAGCAUCACUGUCACCUUCGCUGCUGGCCUCCACGAGUGUGGCAGCGUGGUGCAGGUCACGCCAGAGUCCCUCAUCUACCGCACGCUCCUCAACUACACCCCCAGCCCUGCCAGCAACCCUGUCAUCAUCCGCAGCAACCCUGCUGUCAUCCCCAUCGAGUGCCACUACCCCAGGAGGGAGAACGUCAGCAGCAAUGCCAUCCAGCCCACCUGGGCUCCCUUCAGCUCCGAGCUGGCGGCAGAGGAGAGGCUGCUGUUCACUCUGCGCCUGAUGAACGAGGACUGGAGCUCUGAGAGGCCUUUCACGGGUUUCCAGCUGGGUGAUGUCCUCAACCUUCAAGCAGAGGUGGCCACUGAGAACCAUGUGCCACUGAGGUUGUUCGUGGACAGCUGCGUGGCUGCCCUGAGCCCUGGUGCAGACUCCUCCCCUCAUUACUCCAUCAUCGACUUCAACGGGUGCCUGGUUGAUGGGAGGUCAGAUGACACCAGCUCUGCCUUCAUCACUCCCCGGCCUCGGGAGGAUGUGCUGCGGUUUCAGGUCGAUGUGUUUAGGUUUGCAGGGGACGCCAGGAACCUGAUCUACAUCACCUGCCACCUGAAGGUGACCCCAGCAGACCAAGCCCCAGACCCUCUGAACAAGGCUUGUUCCUUCAACAAAGCCAGAAACACCUGGGCACCCGUGGAAGGCACUCGAGACAUCUGCAGCUGCUGUGAGAUGGGCAACUGUGAGUCCUCUGCCUUCUCCAGGAGGCUCAACCCCCUGGAGCAGUGGCCCAGCCGCCGCUUCCGCCGCCACGAUGCCAAGGGGAAAGAGGCUGAAGCUGAUGUGGUCAUCGGCCCUGUGCUGCUCUCCAAGGACCUGGGCACCACGGGAGAGCAGCAGGAGGGAGCUCAGGGUGGCAUAACAGCGGCGUCCAGCGUGGUGACAGGGUUCAUCUGCCUGGCAGCUGGCGUGGGGCUGGCAAGCCUGGGGCUGGCCGUGGGCAUAAGGCACAGGAGGUGCACCCCUGCCUCAGCAUGAGCUUUGAGUGACAGCCCAAUAAAGAUAAGGAGAAAUGAAUCAA